AUGUUUUGCUUGAAUAUUAUUGACAAAUUAUUACCUAUUCAUAAUUCUGCAUUUGUGUCUUCUUCUUCUAAUGUUGAUAAAUUUAUGCUUUGGCAUGUAAGAUUAGGUCAUGUCAACUUUAGAAGGAUGCAUGAGAUGUCAAAAGAUGGAUUAAUUCCAACAUUUGAUAUGACAUAUGAUAAAUAUGGUGGUAUCGUGCAAGAACCACAAGAGCUUUGUAGAAGCAAAAGAGGCCAAAUUGCGAUAAAUUUCGGAUCCGACUUCCAACUGUAUUUGGUGGAAGGUUCAAGGGAUGAAAUUAAUCUUGAAUACUCUUAUUGCUAUAGUACUGAAGAUGAUCCUAAGACAUAUCAAGAGGCCAUAGAGUCUCAUGAUGGUGCCUUUUGGAAGGAAGCAAUUGAUGAUGAAAUGUCAUCAAUUCUUGAAAACAACACAUGGGUGUUGUCUGAUUUGCCUCUGGGUUCCAAACAUCUUGGUUGCAAAUGGAUUUUCAAAAAGAAAAUGAAUGUUAAUGGGACUAUUAACAAAUUCAAAUCCCGGUUAGUCAUUCAAGGUUUUAGACAAAAACCCGGUAUUGACUAUUUUGAUACGUAUGUUCCAAUUGCACGUAUUUCUACUAUUAGAUUGUUGGUUGUCUUGGCAAGUAUCCACAAUCUGGUUAUUCACUAA